UUCGGCGAUCGACUUGUACUGCUAGCAUCAAGGAAUCCACGUGCUUCACUCCGUCUUCACUCCACAAACUAGGAACUGUAGUUGUUUCGCAUUAUGAGAAAGUCACUCAGGUGACAAACGUUCUUGUUUGAGUCUCACCAAAUCUGAGAAUUUAGCCCAGUGUCUGUGUACUAGUAUUCCGGCACCAUAGUCUUCAACGGUAUUGUAAUCAGGUCGAUAGCCCGGAGCAACACAGCUACAAGCUAUCGUGACGGCCAGGCCGGGGAAGAUGAGAGUCAGUCGUUCUCGUUUCUCCUGCGAGUGAGUGGACAGUCUAGUACUAGUGUCUUGACUUGAGUGAGCCGGUCACACGGCACAGAGUGACCAUACCUGGUUGUUCUGUGAACCACAACGUUCCGCCUUUGUACAUGUGCUGAUGUGGUGACGGUCGCCCGGUGAACGACAUUAGCAACUGAGCAAUGAAAACUCUACUGGCGUGGAUCAGCUUGGCUGCAAUACUGGGUCUAUCGGCUGGCCAACAGGCAUCUGGUGACGGAGAAGAUGAGGACGUGUUCGGCGAGUGCGACUGCGCCGGGCAAUCGUGUCCUAAGCGUGCUGCGGACGUUGCAAUCGUACUCGACGUGACCUACUCUAUGCAACGCUACUUUGGCUGGGUGGAGCAGCUCGUGGAGACCAUUGAAACAUGGCUCAUCAGGAGAGGAAUGGGCAGCGGAAAGUGCCAAAACCUUUACAGUUUGACCGUAUUUGGACUGUCCGGGAAUGCAUCCUGCGGCAACACAUUAUCAAAUAUGGAAGAUAGGUACAUCAUUGCCAAGGAGUUUCGUGACCUGAUAAGUGAAAUGAUGGUCAUUCGGAAUCGAUAUGGAACUAGCAAUUGUGAGGAUGGCUGGGAAGCUAUGGUUGCCGCGCUGAAGACUCCACGUCGCUCACAGCUUCAAGACCAGAGCUGCGUGCAACUGCUGACGGUUCUGGUGACGGAUGAAGACCGACAGCCAUGCUGCGAUGCCGGGAAUAGCCAAGUGUCCGCAGAUUGCUGUAAUAAAUCCAGCAGCGUCGACCGUCGGUCUCUCAUUCGUCAGCUGCGUCGGGACGGUGCUGAGGUUGCCAUGGUGGUGGAUCAAGAGAUACACGGCAAUCGUCAUGGCAGCAUCAAGCUGCUCGGAAUUCGAGAGACAGAUGCGGGACGAAUCGGAAUCGAUCACAGUGCAGGUGCAGCCGAAGGAAUCCGUGAGGUUGCCGUCCGCCACAUUCCCAUCGGCUACCAGAACACACGCGCUGACUACACUAAAGUGCCGCUGAAGAGACAGCUGAACGGCACCGCGUGGUGUUUACGAUGCUCCGAGCACAGAUCGAGCGCAAUGCUGCAGCUGAUGGGUGCCGUCUUAUCCCGCGAAUGCGCCGAGUGCAGCAAGAUCCGAGGCCGUCCAUCAGAGCCAGUCACACCCUUGACUACUACACCUAUGAUACCUACCACUCCUAGUGAAGUCCUAUGCCCUGCACCACCUUCAACAUUCCUGCAAAACGCAGACAUCAUCAUUGGCCCACCGAGUUUUCCUGCUCCGCUGUCCGCUGCCAGAGUCCUAUGGCGAUGUGCAUCUGGCUAUCGUCCACUGCGUGGUCUCUACCAGGAAUGCCAGCAGUCUGGAGAAUCCUAUGUGUGGCUGCCUGUCUUUACAAGCAACCCGUGUGAAUUGAUCUCCUGUUCGAGUCUGCGGCCUCCAGAGAAUGGCCUUCUGAUCCCUGGCACACCAUCAUUCAAGCCUGGGGAGAUUGCGAGAGCACCGUGUCUGCGCGGCUACCAACCUGUUGCCGAUACAGUAUACACGUGCACAGGCGAGGGCGAGUGGAGCGGCAGUGAUCUCGGUGUGGGCACAGCCCCGUCAUGCGCUGCCUGGAAUGAAACUUGCACGGAGAUCGAUCCUGCUCUGCCGGCCGGUGGGGAGAUUAACCUGGCACCGCCAUCUGUGGCCAAGAAUGCGAGUCAUAGUGCAAGCAAGGCCUGUAUCAUCGUCACCAUGCCGGGAACGCCAGAGAUCGUGCCGGGCUUAGACGUGGCUGAAUGGCUCCGUGACAACUCGUUGCUGAGUGGCGUUGAGGAGCGGAGACUGCGCGGUGUGUUUGACAGUGUUCAAUUCUGCCUGGUGGCGGUGCCGAAGGACACAUGGUUUGGAUGUGUCCGUACCAUUGAGGAGUUUCAGGCGUUCCUUGGAGACCGCUACUCCUUCUAUUCACAGAUGCACAGGGAAGAGUCUGAAUACUCUGACACGUUCUUUACGCUGUCAAACGAAGUGAGCCAGCGGAUAUGCAGCGGUAAAUCUGAGGUCCGCUUCGACAUCAUUUUCCAUCAUGAGGCGAAAGAGGAUACAGUUGUUCCGGUGGAAGAGCUUCUCACCGAAGUCCAGUACCGGAGUAGCGUGGUGAUGGUGAUUACCGAUCGGGACUUCACCAAUACCUCAGGGACACCUGACAACUCCAUAUCUUAUCAAAGGGGCAAUAAAGCUGACAGCAUUUCUGCAACAACAUUGGCUGAAAAGAUUGCCUUCUCCACGCACGGCUGGGUGGCUGACGUGCGACGGGUAUCGCUGGCAUGGAUCGGAACGACGAUCGUCAACACCCUGCUGGAGCUGCGCACCAAGAUCUGUCGUCGCUGCUGGUGCGGUGGUAUGGCACCACAGCUCUCCUGCGCUAACCUGUACAUGCUGAACGAUGAUAACUGCGUGUUCGGGCGAGUAGGAGAGGCGGGAAGAUAACAUAAAUUCUCUUCAAAAUACUUGAACGCAGUGUUUAGAGUUGAAAUGGUGUGUAAUUCCAGAAUCGAUUUUCUGGUCCGGUCAUCAGCGGAAAUUACGUAAAUUCCAAUGUUAAUGGGAAUGGAGUGUUUUCUGCACUGAGGAAGUCGGCUGCUUCCCACACUGGAGCUUACACCUUUCCCGCCAGCAUCAUACUGCCACUGUGUUGAAGUAUUAAUGUGAUAUAUGGAGUGAGUGUUGGUCUGCGGGUGUGCAAUGGAGAGUGCAGGGUGUACUAAAUUAUGAACAGAGAUAGACAAUGGCUCAGUUACUCCUUGUAAAAUUAAUCAUGUCCAUGCACUAGAGAAUCUGGCCUACCGAAAUGUAUAUCGGUAAGUGAAAUACUUCAACGUACAUGAUUGCACAAAAACAUGCCGCCUCUCCUUGUCUCCAUGUAUCGACUGUGUUGGGGGAUGCUUUCCCAGAAGACCGUAUUAAUGAAGAACGUUUCUGGAUAUUAAACUUGGCUGCUCUGGCUAGAUAGAUCUAUCAUGAAUGAUCAGUCCAUAGAUAUUGGUACAUAAAUUGACAGCUCUUUGUACAAUGUAUUAUCACAAUAGUUCUAACAUUUGACACGGUAUUGAUGUAAAGUUGAUCUCCACCAUUUGGAUCCAUUCUUUGUAUAAUUAUACAACCUGAUAGAAUAUUCACGUAAAUUUUGCAAUACACAUGUUAUUAUAGCGUUCAUCUCCCACUUAUCAUGUUUACCCUGAUGACAAACCUGGAGAUCCAAAAUUGAAUGUGCCAGUUUUC